AUGACGAGACAUUCAAAGAACAACACAGCCUCCCCCUUCUUCACAGCCUACGAACGCUCCCUCCUCACCCAAUACGGCAAGCAACGCAAACGGCUCACCGCAGACUCCUUCCGGGCCUUCGACGCCUGCCACCUCUGUCUCAUGUCUGCGCGCGACCCCGUAGCAUGCCCGACAAAAGGCCACAUCUUCUGCCGCGAGUGCAUCAUGGAGAACCUGCUCGCCCAGCGCGCAGAGAUCACGGUCAAGAACGAGGAGAUUGCCGCUAAGCACGCCGAGAUGCUGCGUGCGCAGCGCGAGAAAGAGCAGGACGAGCGGGAGAAAGAGGUUCGGAAGUUUGAGUCACUGCAGUCCGGAAUCAAACCAUCUUCCUCCACAGACGAACCCGGCGCGAAACGCAAACUCGACCCGGGCGACCACGAGCGCUCUGAAUCAACGACCGCGAUCAUCUUAGCCUUACCUCCUCCCACAUCGUCGAGCAGCAAAAAACAAAAACUGCAAGACAGCAGUACGGAUGAGCCACCGCCAAAACUCGUACCGUUAUGUCCUGCCUCGGAUCCAGAGGACACCCACCCGCUCUCGCUCAAAGCUCUUACACCCGUCAACUUUGAGACGCUCAAGGACUCGGCUACGCAAGACUCGAAAACUCGAGUCUGUCCUUCCUGCUCAAAAGCAUUCGGCACCGUCCUCGAAGCCUACCUCGCAAAACCAUGCGGCCACCUAAUCUGCAAAACAUGCUUUGAAAAAGUCAUGAAGCCAAUGCACCCGGGCGAGCAACUCCUCUGCUACGUCUGCCAAGCCGACCUAUCCCCCUCUCCAUCCUCCUCAUCAUCAUCAUCCAAGAAGAACAAAAAGAAUAAAAGCGCGGAAAGAGGGCUGAUUUUCCUUCCGCGUGAGGGGACUGGAUUUUCCGCUGGUGGAAAAGCGGUGGUCGAGAAAGCAGGCGUGGCGUUCCAGGGUUGA